GGCGGGAGGCAGGCGGACCCAGCCCCGCCGCCAGCCCCACUUUUGUGGUGCCGCCGCCGUCGCGGUCUCCCCUUUCUCCGCGGGGCUGGCCGCGGGGCGGGCGAUGCUCCGGGCUCCCUGAGCCGCCGCACCGCGUCCCCCGGCCAAGGUGCCGCGCGGAGCGGCGCGGUCGAGCGGCGGCUCCCCGGUGUGCCCCGUGUCCCCAUCCCUGCCGUCCCCACGCUGCGCGGAGGUCGCGCAGGAUGCCGCCGAGGGGAGCGGAGGCGCCGCUGGCCCUGCUGCUGGCGGCGGCGUGGCUAGCGCAGCCCCUGCGCGGCGGCUACCACGGCGUGAGCAUGUUCGCCGUGCAGACCGCCCAGCCCGACCCCUGCUACGACGAGCACGGGCUGCCCCGCCGCUGCAUCCCCGACUUCGUCAACUCGGCCUUCGGCAAGGAGGUGAAGGUGUCCAGCACCUGCGGGAAGCCGCCGUCGCGGUACUGCGUGGUGACGGAGAAGGGCGAGGAGCAGGUCCGCACCUGCCACCUCUGCAACGCCUCCGACCCCAAGCGCGCCCACCCGCCCUCCUUCCUCACCGACCUCAACAACCCGCACAACCUGACCUGCUGGCAGUCCGACAGCUACGUCCAGUAUCCCCACAACGUCACCCUCACCCUUUCCCUCGGCAAGAAAUUCGAGGUGACCUACGUCAGCCUGCAGUUCUGCUCGCCGCGCCCCGAGUCCAUGGCCAUCCACAAGUCCAUGGACUACGGCAAGACCUGGGUGCCUUUCCAGUUCUACUCCACGCAGUGCCGCAAGAUGUACAACAAGCCGAGCCGCGCCGCCAUCACGAAGCAGAACGAGCAGGAGGCGGUGUGCACCGACUCGCACACCGACGUGCGGCCCCUCUCCGGCGGCCUCAUCGCCUUCAGCACCCUGGACGGCCGCCCCACCGCCCACGACUUCGACAACUCGCCCGUGCUGCAGGACUGGGUGACGGCCACCGACAUCAGGGUGACCUUCAGCCGCCUGCACACCUUCGGCGACGAGAGCGAGGAUGACUCCGAGCUAGCCCGCGAUUCCUACUUCUACGCCGUGUCCGACUUGCAGGUCGGCGGGCGCUGCAAGUGCAACGGGCACGCGUCGCGCUGCGUCCGGGACCGCGACGACAGCUUGGUGUGCGACUGCAAGCACAACACGGCCGGCCCCGAGUGCGACCGCUGCAAGCCCUUCCACUACGACCGGCCCUGGCAGCGAGCGACGGCCCGCGAGGCCAACGAGUGCGUGGCCUGCAACUGCAACCUGCACGCGCGGCGCUGCCGCUUCAACAUGGAGCUGUUCAAGCUGUCGGGGCGCAAGAGCGGCGGCGUCUGCCUCAACUGCCGCCACAACACGGCGGGCAGGCACUGCCACUACUGCAAGGAGGGCUUCUACCGYGACCUCAGCAAGCCCAUCUCGCACCGCAAGGCCUGCAAAGAGUGCGAUUGCCACCCCGUGGGAGCUGCCGGCCAGACCUGCAACCAGACCACGGGCCAAUGUCCCUGCAAGGACGGUGUCACCGGCAUCACCUGCAACCGCUGCGCCAAGGGCUACCAGCAGAGCCGCUCACCCAUCGCCCCCUGCAUAAAGAUCCCGGCUGCUCCCCCCACCACGGCCGCCAGCAGCACAGAGGAGCCCGCAGAUUGUGACUCGUACUGCAAAGCCUCCAAGGGGAAGCUGAAGAUCAACAUGAAGAAGUACUGCAAGAAAGACUACGCUGUCCAGAUCCACAUCCUGAAGGCAGAAAAAAACGCAGACUGGUGGAAGUUCACAGUGAACAUCAUCUCUGUCUACAAACAAGGCAGCAACCGGAUCCGGCGCGGGGACCAGAUCCUGUGGAUCCACUCCAAGGACAUAGCCUGCAAGUGCCCCAAAAUCAAGCCCAUGAAGAAGUAUUUGCUGCUGGGCAACAACGAGGACUCUCCCGACCAGAGCGGCAUCAUUGCUGACAAAACCAGCCUGGUGAUCCAGUGGCGGGACACGUGGGCCCGGCGGCUCCGGAAGUUCCAGCAGCGAGAGAAGAAGGGGAAGUGUAAGAAAGCCUAAAGGAGGAGAAGGAGAGGGAGAGACUGUGCAUGCUGCUUUGUGUAGAGCUGGGGCGGGCAGGGACCGGCUGCCAGGGCGGGCUGGGGGGACAGGGGGACAGCGACCACAGCUGGGGGGUGCUGGGCUUGCACCUCAUAUUCCAGGGAAGACAAARCCCAACAGGACCCAACAGAACCCAACAGGACCCAACAGAACCCAACAGAACUUAACAAAACCCAACAGAACCUAACAAAACCCAACAGGACUCAACAAAACCCAACAGGACCCAACAAAACCCAAGAGAACUCAACAGGACCCAACAGAACCCAACAGGACCCAACAGAACCCAGGCACAGGACCCAACAGGACCCAACAGAACCCAACAGGACCCAACAGGACCCAACAGGACCCAACAGAAUGAGAUCACACACACGGACAGAACCCAUGAGUGGGGUGUGGGCUUGUGGCCCCUGGGGCCCCCCAGCUCCCUCCUGACCCGUUGCUGACAAACUCAGAGACACCAAACUGCCUUCCAGCUGCCAACAUCUACUGCCUCCAAAGCACGGCAUGGGCACAUGCACCCUGUAAGAAACUAAUCAACAGCACCGCCGGAAAUUAACUCCCCAUCCCCAAACGCGUCUUUGCGACUUAGGCUGAGCAAGACAGUUCUUGUAGAGGAAACUAAACCGAGACUUUUGGUGAGGACAGAGGCGAGGACUGAUGGGUGAGUCCUUGGGGGGCUUUGGUAUCCGACAG